UAAUUGGAACAAGUCCAUGCUUCCUUUAUGCCUUUCCUACGAUAGGCACAAGACCUUAACCAUCUGUAUCCUCUCGGAUCGGCUUUAUUCUAGCUUCUAUAGGUUAGUAAGUAAUAGUAACAAGACUAGAUACAACGUAUUUACACACAAGAAGACCAGAGACCCACAGCAAGUCAGUGAAAUCCACUAUAAUCGACUCUUGAUUGUUAAGUUAAUAGACCCGUCAUCAACGAUUCUACACAGUCAAGUCCCCUGAGCCCUCAAGCUAAGAGCCCCCUCCGUGUCAGGUCACCACUAGAGACUGUCUCUUCCCUGCUCACACACACCCAGUGUCUGUCCGAGGCUCGUACACGCCCACACCACCCCACACACACCUCGUCCCUCUAUCACCAUUAGAGACAGACUGUGUAGACCUGGUCACCACCUCAGGCGAUCAGAAUUGUUAGAACCGGCCACACAGCCCACACUAUAGGUCACCACCCACCACACACACAGCCCACACUAUAGGUCACCCUGGAGCUCAGGAGCAUUCAUUCUCAUAGUCAGACGUUAGAUUCAGGUCAUCGAUUAGUAUAUCAUUGACCACACCCACCAUGACCACCCAACAGUACUCGGGAGGCGGCUACCGCCCACGGUCCGGCGGACGUGGUCGUAACAGCGAUCAACCGCGUUACCGUUCCGCUCAGAUGACGCCUCGCUCUCAAGUACCUUCAGGGCAAACAGUAGGCCCCAGGAUGAUGCCCAACGCAGGGCUGCUCCAUUACCCCGGCCAACAGCAAGCUCUCUCCACCACUGCACCCGCUGGAACACAGUUCAUACGAUCCCCGAUGUACACCCCGUACCAGCAGCCUCAGGUUAUUGGACUCCACCCUAAUCAGUACGCCCUCUAUCAGCAGCAUUUACUCGGUCAUCAGCAGCAAAUUCCUCAACAAAUUAACCCUAUGAACCUGAGCAACCCAGCAGUUGUGGCCGGUAUGCCGAUACAGCCACCAAUGCCGGUUAGCACAGGCCUUGUCGCCAAUAGUCAAGUCACCUACCCUGUCCCAGCUCAGCCUAAAACACUGCCAGCUGCAAAGAAAGUCUCGAAAGCAAUCAAAAUUGUGGAUCCCAACACUGGGACCGAAGUGAAACUUAGCAAAGCAAAAACGGGCAGUAGCCCACCCCCUGUGUCUAGUGCCCCACCCACUGCGCCUCAGGGUGGCCUCCUGCCAGACCCGAAAAUGAAUGCCCAAAGACCUGAAAUUGCACAAACAUUCAUAACCCAAGUGCAUGCCAUGAACACAUCUUCCCCUGUCUUUGUACCUAGGCAACCAAUAGCUCAAGAGUUUCGGCCCGCUCUUGUGGUGCAACCGCCACCGGUGACAGAGUUUCGUCCCAAUGCUAUAAUCCGACGUCCUGAUGAGGUCAAGACUGGAGAGGGGGAAGCCCCUGUCAUUAACGGUGGUGGUGUGGAGAAGACCAAGGAGGAGAUUGUUAGCGCUGAGCCCACGACUCCCCUGGAACCACCCCCCACAGAGCUAAUGGUACCAUUGGCGGAGGAGCCGCUGGUGAAACCACCCCCCACAGUGCCUGUUGAAGCACCACCCACACCAGAGACACUUCCUAAAGUGAAGGUUGCAGUAGAACAGGAAACAGUCAACACACUUCCUGUGGAGAAGCCCACUCCUGCUGCCCCUGAGGUCAAGGAAGAGGUACCUAAGGUCAAGGAGGAGGUACCAGAGGUCAAGAAGGUCGUUAUACCUGAACCAAAAUCCGAACCUGAACCUGAAGUGGUCAGCGCUGUGGAGCCACAACCCCCAGUGAAGACGCAACCCCAAGUGAAGACACUACCCCCUGUGAAGCAAUCUCCAGUGAAAACACAACCCCCAGUGAAGCAACCCCCUGUGAAAACACAACCUCCUGUGAAGCAACCCCCAGUGAAGACACAACCCCCGAUGAAGACACAACCCCCUGUGCAGACUGUCAUCGAGCCCCCUGUUGAUGAGGACAAACCUAAGAAGUAUGAUCGAGACUUUCUGCUCAGAUUUGCCGGGGACAGGGCGUGUCAAGAACCUCCAGCUGGCCUCAAGAAGGUCUUUGAUGUGUUCCAGAUUGGAGGAGGGCAAGCGCUGUUAAAGGGCCCCUCUCCUUCAGCACCUAUGAUGGGCUAUGGUGGCAAGAAGAGUGGUGGCGGUGGUGGUGGUGGCGGUGGAGGAGGGAUGCGUAGAGGCUCUGAGCCGAAGAGGAUCUCUCAUCAACCAAUAGGGACAGAGAAGGUGGAUCUACACAAGGCGGAGAAGAGGUGGGUGCGGCCUCAAGAAACCCUAGCCGAGAUGACGGGCGAUGAUAAAGAGACUAUGGACUUGUAUCGAAAGUUUCAGGGCAUCCUCAACAAACUCACGCCCACAAAGUUCCAGAAACUCGCUGAGCAAGCGCUCGAGUUAGCCAUCAACACUCAGGAGCGGCUGCAAGUCUGCAUAGACAAAAUCUUCACAAAGGCCUUGGAGGAGCCCAGCUUCAGCAUAGCCUAUGCCAACCUGUGUAAGGUGCUCAGUCCUCUAAAAGUGGAGUAUGAGGAUAAUGGCAAGAUAAAGCAGACCAACUUCAGACGAGAGCUGCUCACCAAGUGUCAGAUUGAGUUUGAGAAGAACAAGAAAGAAGACGAACAACACUUGGAGAUGACUAUAGCCAUCGAUGAGGCCGCCAAUCCCGAGGACAAGAAACGUCUCGAAGCCGAGCUAGAAGAGUUUGACACAACGUCGCGUAGGAGGUCACUGGGGAACAUUCGGUUUAUAGGAGAGCUAUUCAAACUGACGAUGCUGUCCGAGACCAUCAUGCACGAAUGUAUCGUGCGCCUGCUCAAGUCAUCAUCGGAUGAGGAGAGUCUCGAGUGUUUCGCUCGCCUCAUCACCACCACAGGGAAGGAGCUCGACCACACGGAGGCUAAGCAACGGAUUGAUGGCUACUUUGGUAGGAUUAAUGACAUCAUCAAGAGAGGCAAGAUUCCAGCGAGGAUAAAGUUCAUGCUUCAAGACGUUCAAGAGUUGCGUAGAAAUGAAUGGAUCCCUCGACUAAGUCAGACCUCCGGGUUGAAGACCAUCGAUCAGAUCCAUGCGGAGGCAAAGUUAGCCGAGGAAGAGGACAAACGGAUAGUGGCGGCUCACCAGGCUAUGUCGUACGGUAAACGAGGCGAUGACAGACGCAGCAGAAGUGGACCAAUGGGUAAAGAGGAGUAUACCACCUAUGCCACUAAGGGGGACAAAGAGAGAAUGUCCAGGGAGAAGCCGAAGGUGGACACUAAGAGACUAGCUGCACUUAGGAGCAAGGACAAGAAAGACCCUACAGCUGUGCUUGGCCCACCCACCCUCGGUCCUCAGCGCCCAGGGGCGUGGUCUAGGAACCAACCCCCUCCCUCCAACCCCCCAGGAGGGGGUGACAAGGACAAGAAACCAUCACGCUCGAGUACAAGUGGUUCUAAACGAGACAAGGGACCUAGUGGGCGUGGCUCUGGGUCUGGUCCUAAGAGAAGUAGUACCAGUGAAAUGCUAGCUGCUCUGGAUGCCGUUGCUAAGCUUACCAACAAACCUUCACGCUCCAUGAGUGGCCCCACCCCCAAACCACCCCCUCCUCCAGAGCCAGAUGCAUUGGACGAAGAUACUGUACAACGGAAAACAAGAACCAUUGUGGACGAGCUGGCAGACAAUGCUGACAUCAAGGAGGCAGUCGAGUGUGUGGUUGAGAUGCACUCCCCUGGCCUGCUCAGUGUGUUAGUCUCAGAGGCCAUCAUGCACUCACUGGAGAAAAAGGUGGUAGUAAGGCAAGCAGCUGGCAAGCUAAUGGAGAAGCUGAUCAAGGAUGGACUGCUCUCACAGACUAAGUUCCUGGACGGACUUAACGAGCUGCUUGAGAUAGCUGAUGACUUGGCCAUGGAUUUCCCCAAGCUAUGGCCGUACCUGGCCGAGAUCCUCUCUCCUGUCUUCGCCCACGCAGCCCUCCCCCUCUCCACACUAGCACAGGCCCCUCCGGAACUCGUGGAGUCUGGUAAGGCAGCUGUGAUGGUGGCCGAGAUACUAGUGCAAUGUGGGCAAAGUCUAGGAUCACAGGAGGAGGUCCAAUCACUGUGGGGGGUCUCCAAACUGGAGUGGACGCAAUUAGGAGUUAAUUCAGAGGACGUAUCAGAGUUCCUCACCAAGCAGUCCCUCCAGUUUCUACUCCCAACACCCGCCCCUCAAAUCCCUACCUACUAUCAACAGUUAUCCGAGCUUAUUUCCAGUACUGACAACACUGUUGAUGAUAUAUUUGACUGGGUAGAGAAAUCUGGCGCUGUGGGGAAUUCCAAGAGUCCUGACUUUGUUCAUGCCCUAGCAACCGCCAUUUGCUCUGCCACUGUGUCAGGCUCUGGUACCUCCGUCAUUUACAACGAGGAUAUGUUUGUAAAGAGAGCAACAGUUCUCAAAAAGUACGUAGACGAGGAUCGAGAGUUGCAGGUGCAGAUACUGUACGCCCUGCAAGUGGUCGUCACCAAGCUGGAGCACCCCCCUAAGCUACUCAAACAGAUGUUCGACGAGCUCUACGAUAAGGAGUUGAUUACUGAAGAAAGUUUCCGCUGGUGGAAAGACAACGGCACAGAGAAGUAUGGCAAAGGGAACUGUAUUCAAAACACUCGCUCAUUCUAUGAAUGGUUGGACAAUGCUAGUGCUGAAUCAGAUGAAGCUGGAGCGUCUUGACAACACACCCUCCCAUUUUAGAGUCAUGCAAUAUGUGUUGAUGUUGUUCUUUGACAGUCUCUCUUUCUCUGUGUAGGUGUUUCUUUGAAUGUUGUGUGUGUUAAUAUAUUAUUUGUGCAAUUUAUAUGUCCUGUCUUAAUUUAUUAUGAGCACGCAGCUGGAAUAAUUUUGUGAUUAUUAUUGUGUCAAAAAUGACUUGAUUGUGAAACUGUUGGUAUAAUUUAUUCUGAAGACUG